AUGAAGACCCCAACUCUUGUCAGCCUUCUACUGGGCUCCUCCGCUCUCGUCAGUGCGAAAGGGCACAACCGCCCCAGACGGGAAAAGGGACUAGAGGAAUAUGCCGCGGUCUCGUUGCUCGACACGGCCUGCGAGACCGAGUUCCACCCUGACCAACUUGACAUUGCCUGGGUCGAGCUCAUCGCAUCAAACACAAUCCUACGGGUAAACCUGACGAGCGGGGAACAGACAAGAUUCCCACUCAACAAUCCCGUGGGCCUGCCCAGCGGCAUGGAGUUCCUGGCGGACGGCAACCUAUGGUUUUCCGAAGUAGUCGGCAACAGCAUGGUGAAGCUGGACCCCAAGGAUGGUAGCAUGACCGAAUAUCCCUUCCCUUGGACCAACAUUUCUGUCCUCGAUAAUCUUCCUGCCGGCAUCCGCGUCACCAUUGACGUCGCUGGCGGCCGCGACCGUGGAGCGUGGUUCACCUCCUACGAUCUUUACCCACUGCCGAACCCGCUGUCGGCCCCUCUCAUUAUCCAAGCUGGCCCGGGCGACACCAUGGUCUUCUCGGAGAUCCUGGGCAACAGGGUCGGCACCAUCGAUGUCAACACCAAAGAGAUUAAGGAAUACGAAAUCCCAACACCGCUAUCCCUUGUUCAAGGUGUCGCGACGGACAAGGAUGGCCUCAUCUGGUGGACCGGCACAGGUGGUUCAAACUUUGGCACCGUCGACGUGACAACAGGCGAGGUGACUGAGAUGUUCAUUGCCGACAUUCGUGCCGCCGGAAACUCCACUGUGGUUGAUGAGGGUCUCAUUAGCAUUGGUUCCUCCGGCGCACUGGCUUUGCCCGGCCCGGUUCGUGUCGGUAACGAUGGCAAGGUCUACUUUGUGGAGGGUAACCUGGUCUUCCUUGGGAAUCGCGUUGCGCAGUACGACCCUAAGACUCAGCAGCUUGUGGAGUAUGUCACUCCUACUAGCCUCAGUGCCCCUUGUGAUCUCAACAACCAGCACCCAGACGCUAUAUUCUUUGCCGAGUUUACAGGCGGCCAUCUUGGUCGCCUGAACUACUAA